AUGAAGACAGAAUUAACUCUCGCACUUAAUGAAUGUAAUCGGGCUCCACCAGGAGUCAAUGCUGACGAAUACCUAAUUAUUCAAGAAACAAUUCAAAUUCUGGAACCUUUCGAUCUAGCUACAACAAAAAUUUCCGGAGAAAGCUAUAUAACAUUGUCACUGAUAAUACCAUUGAUUCGUGGAAUAAAAACGAAAUUAGUAGAAGUUGAAUCUCAAAUUGUUACUGAAAGCGGAAACAAAAUAUUACUCUGCAUGAAGGGAUCAGUUGACAAAAGACUAAGUCCCUAUGAAAGCAGGACACCUGUUGUACUUGCUACAAUAUUGGACCCCAGAUUUAAGAAGAAGGGGUUCAAAACAAGUGACGACGAGAAGCGAGCUGGUCAGUGGCUGGAAAAGGCCUAUGCUAGCCAUUUAACUAAAGAACGCUUGGCUGUAGAAGAAACGCAACCAACACCAUCCACGUCUUCAGGAACAUCUAAUGACCUGUUGGGAUUUCUAGACGUUCCGGACGUAUCGACCCCAUUGAGUAACUCAUUGGUAGAUGUCAGGCAAUAUCUCGAGAAGCCAAUAAUUGACAGAAAAGAGUGUCCUAUAACAUACUGGAAAUACACCAACAAUAAAUUGAAGGAAUUAGCGAUGCUCUAUCUCUGUAUUCCAGCAUCUUCUGUGCCUUCAGAACGAAUAUUUUCGAAGGCCGGACAAAUUUUAACCGAACGCAGAAAUAGGUUAAAAGAAAAAAGAUUAAAUGAAUUGUUGUUUAUAAAACAAAAUAGCUAUUAUUUUAAUGAUUGA